GUAGCUGCUAUAAAGAGCGGUUAUUCUUGAAAAUAAGAGUAUGUGGAUAUUUUGAAGGACGCUCGCUGGCGCGCCACCGUGUACAUACAGUAUGUACGCGCACAUUCUAGUCGCAAGCUUUGCUUUUACAUCCACAAUAUACAUUAUUAAUAUGGUUAUGUCUCAUUCUUCUUCUUUUCCUUUCAGCUUGUCCCAUUCGGGGUCACUACAGCACGUCAUCUAUUUCCAUCUAAGCCUAUGUUCCUCUCUAACACCAUUUGCCCUCAUGUCUUCCCUCACAACAUCCACCAACCUUCUCUUUGCUCUUCCUCUCGCUCUUUUGGCUGGCAGCUCCAUCCUCAGCACCCUUCUACCAAUAUACUCACUCUCUCGCCUCUGGACAUGUCCAAACCAUCGAAGUCUGCUCUCUCGAACCUUGUCUCCAAAACAUCCAACUGUGGCUGUCCCUCUCAGCUCAUUUCUAAUCCUAUCCAACCUGCUCACUCCAAGAGAGAACCUAAACAUCUUCAUUUUUGCCACCUUAAGAUCUUCUUCCAGUUGUCUCUUCUGUGCCACUGUCUCUAAUCCAUACAUCAUAGCCAGUCUCACCACUGUUUUAUAAACUUUGCCCUUCAUCCUAGCAGAGACACUUCUGUCACAUAACAGACCAGACACCUUCCGCCAGCUUUUCCAACCUGCUUGGAGUUGUUUCUUCACUUCCUUACAACACCCAUCAUUGCUCUGGAUUGUUGAUCAAGUAUUUGAAGUCAUCCAACCUCGCAAUCGCUUCUCCCUUCUACCCCCUCCUCCCCUCUCAUUCACGUACAUAUAUUCUGUUUUACUUUGGCUAAUCUUCAUUCCUUUCCUUUCAGGUGCAUGCCUCCAUCUUUUUAACUGUUCCUCCACCUCAAGGGUUGGGAACCUUUUAGGCUGAGAGAGUCAUAAAUGCCAAAUACUUUAAAAUUUAAUUUCAAAAGAGCCAUGCAAUAUUUUAAAAACUAAAUACAGGUGUAUUUGCGCAUUUAUGUAAGACCAACACUUUUAGAGUACAAUAAGUCUUUGAAUUCUUGUUAUGAUGUCGCUAACCAAUGAUGACAAAAGUGCUUUUUACCAUUAAUGCUACUCCUGGUGCUGUCAGUUUUUUUCUGAUGGCUUUGUCGUCUGUUUCAUACUUCGCUCAAUUAAGGUUCAUGCAGGUGUUGAGACUUCCACCCAUUCAUCGUGAACGCAAUUCAAUUUGAUUUGCCAUCAUGAUGGGUGUAACCUACAACAAACAGCAUCUGGAGGGGUUCCUGAAGAAGUACACUAAUCUACUGCAGGGAUGGCAGAAUAGGUCAGGUCAAGUGGGCAGUGGGGAUGCCCAGACUUACCAUUCCCACAGCCAGUUCCUCCAGCUCUUCAAAAGGGAUCCCAAGGCAUUGCCAAGCAAGUCAAGAGACAUAGUCUCUCCGGCAUGUCGUGGGGCGUCUCCUCCCGGUGGGACAUGCCCAAAAGACAUCAGCAGGGAGGCAUCCAGGAGUAAUCCUAAACAAAUGGGAGACCCACCUCAUCUGGGCCCUCUCAACGCGGAGGAGCAGCAGCUGUCCCUCCCGGAUGACCAAGCUUCUCACUCUAUCUCUAAGGGAGAGCCUGGACACCCUGUGAAGGAGACUCAUUUAGUCCGCUUGUAUUCAAGGUAUUUUGUAUUUGACCGCAGGGUUGGCCAGCUUGACUACUAUCGAAACAAACACAGCAAAGGUCAGCGUCCCCCCCCAGAGGCAGACUAUCUCUACUUGGAGCAUUGGUCAUCUCCUGCAGUGAUUUUCCUUAUAUGUUUUCUAUUCAAUCCUCACUUGGUGAAUCCUAUAAACUUAGAGCUUCAAAUGCAGAGGAACAGGCUUUAUGGAUGACACAGCUACAGCUGUCUUCUCGAGUCCCAUUUGACAGUAGGGCUAAG